UAUCAUUCCCCUUAAAUCUCUUCGUUAUCUUUGCCGCCGGCCUCCGCACGGAAAAGUCUGGUGAGACACAACAGUUCGACCGAGAACAUGAUUGCCGCUUAUGCCGACACCGAAUUACCCUACGGGGACUCUCCCGAGCUGACACUGGUUCGGGCAACUCCAAAAGAACGCAUCGAGUCUAUCAAGCUAAACAGCACGGAGUGGAAGGGUCCCUUGGAUCUCGAGUCGUAUCUCGCACGAGAGGACACGCUGCUCCAACAGCGACUGACUAAGGGUGCAUUGAUCUGCUGGAUUCUCGUCGAUCGUCGAGAACCUGAAAAUGCCAGAACCAUACUUAGCUCAUGCGAAACAUACAAGAAGAGGGCACUCGUGGCUCGUGGAGGGAGGGUAGAAGAGGUUUCAGCGCAAGGCGUUGGGAGUGUCUAUUGCAGACCAGAGUUUAGAGGAAAAGGAUACGCAAAGAGGAUGUUGGAGGAAUUGAGCAACAAGAUGGAUGCAUGGCAGCCGGAAGGCGAACACGGUGAGAGACCGCUGUUCAGUAUUCUGUUUUCUGAUAUCGGGAAAAGGUUCUAUGCUCAAUUCGGCUGGAAACCUCACCCAUCUUCACACUUUGCCCUUCCUCCGAUUUCCAAAGAAGAAUACUCUGUUCCGAGCACAACGGCCAAGGUCAGAGUAUUGCGCGCGGACGAUGUUCAACGCUGCAUGUGCAGCCCUAGCAUUCUUGAGAAAGAGAGCGAGGUCCUGCUGGCGGUCUCGUUGCGAUCCACUGGUCCAAAAGUAGCAAUAGUUCCAGACUUCGAUCAUUACCUAUGGCACUGGGCGAGGGAGGAAUUCUACUCCCAGAAGCUCUUUCCCGGCAGAGAUAUCCCCACGGCAAAGGGCGCCGGCGAUGAUGCUGCCAAAGUGUAUUGUGCCUGGAAUAGGACGUUUGGCAACACCCCAGAGGAGAACACCUUGUACAUUCUCAGAUGGGUAUACAACGAGCCCUCCUCUGAAGAGGAAACCGAGACAACCAUUAAAGCGAUGGCUGCAAUACUCAGGCGAGCGCAGCUAGAAGCCCAAGAGUGGAAUAUGGCUCAUGUCAAGUUUUGGAAUCCAACACCUCUCCUUGAAAGGGCUGUAGCACUGUUGGACCCCACUGCCGAGAUAAUUCACCGCGAGAAAGACAGCAUCGCGGCUCUCAGGUGGAGCGGGAAUCCGGAAGAAAAUGUGGAAUGGCUCCUGAACGAGAAGUAUGCAUGGUGUUAA